AUGGAACAAAGAAGACAGGAGAAAGGAAUUGGUAAAGGAUGCGUUGCCAGCGGCUUUGUUGUCAUGUUUUUAUGGAGCCUGGCCUCAGCGCAACUGAGAUAUUCGAUCUCAGAGGAAACUAACGAGGGAACUGUGGUUGGAAAUAUAGCAAAGGACCUGGGAUUAGAUAAACGCACACUUAAAGCAAGGAAGUACAGGAUUGUUUCUAGCGGCGCCGAGCCCCUUUUCCAUGUAAAUCAGAACGAUGGCAACCUGUACGUGAGCCGGAAAAUUGACAGGGAAGAGGUGUGCGCGCAGAGCAGUACGUGUGUGAUAAAUGUGAAAACUGUGCUAGAAAACCCACUGGAAGUCCAUUACGUGGGAGUAGAUGUGGUGGAUAUAAAUGACCAUUCUCCGGUUUUUCCAGAGUAUGAGAAAAUGCUGGAGAUUUCAGAAUCCGUUUUGCCCGGAGCACGAUUUCAGCUAAAACCGUCACGGGAUUUAGACAGUGGUCAGUUUUCUGUGCAGCAAUAUAAACUUAAUCACAACGAACACUUCCGCUUGGAAGUGAGGGAUAAAGGAGAUGAUGGUAAAAUACCUAUAUUGGUUUUACAAAAAGCACUGGAUAGGGAAGCAGCGCGAAGUCACUCCUUGGUGCUGACCGCACUGGAUGGGGGGAAGCCUCCGAAAUCUGGAAACAUGAAUAUUUUAGUAAAUGUUUUAGAUGUAAAUGAUAACACGCCCAUUUUCUCAAAGGAUCUUUACUCGGUUAUGCUCUAUGAAAAUGCUCCAGUAGGAACAGAAGUAAUCCAAGUGAAUGCAACGGAUUUAGAUGACGGUCAGAACGGAGAGGUAGUUUACUCAUUUGGUAACAGUGUGAGUAAUAAUUUGUUUAAUCUUUUUGGUAUCGACCAAUCAACAGGAAAGAUAACUGUCAAAGGUCUGAUAGAUUACGAGCAAAAGGAUAAAUAUGAAAUUGAAAUUCAGGCCUCCGAUAAAAGUUUUGCUCCGUUGACUACGGAAAACAGUGUGAUUAUUGAGAUUGUUGACGUGAAUGAUAACGCACCAGAGAUUGAGCUUACCUCAUUUUCCAGCUCCAUCCCAGAAGAUUCCAGAACUGGAACUACAGUAGCUCUUAUCAGUGUAGAUGAUUUGGACUCUGGUCUUAAUGGAAAAGUUAUUUGCUCCAUAGGAAAGGAUGUUCCGUUUGCUUUAACACCAUCUGUACAAGAAAAAAUGUUUUCAUUAGUGACCAAAUCGCCUCUGGACAGAGAAAUACAGUCACAAUAUGAAUUGACAAUAACCGCAAAAGACGCGGGUCAACCUUCGUUAUCAUCUGAAAAGACAAUAAGCGUUGUGGUCUCAGACGUGAAUGACAACAGUCCAGAAUUUUCACUGAGCCCAUAUACUUUCUAUGUGACUGAGGGUAAUGAUCCAGGCACUUCAGUAUUUUCUGUUAAAGCCUCUGAUCAUGAUGAGAAUGAGAAUGCGCGUAUUUCUUAUAGUAUUGUCAGAGCUGUAAGUGAAGAUAAUAAAGUGACUUCAUUUCUAAACAUAAACUCUGAAAAUGGGGAGAUUUUUGCGCUUAAAAGUUUUGAUUUUGAAACGCUGAAAACUUUCCAGUUCCAAGUUGUUGCCUCAGAUUCUGGAACUCCGUCGCUCAGCAGCAACGUCACAGUCAAAGUGUUCAUUCUGGAUCAGAACGACAACGCUCCAGUCAUCCUGUAUCCACUCAGCUCCAACGGUUCUGCUGAAGGUGUGGAGGAGAUUCCUCGCAAUGCUAACGCAGGACACUUGGUGACCAAAGUCAGAGCCUAUGAUGCUGAUAUCGGAUAUAACGGCUGGUUGCUCUUUUCACUGCAGCAAGUUACUGACCACAGUCUCUUUGGUUUGGACCGCUAUACAGGACAGAUCAGAACACUUCGCUCAUUCACAGAGACAGACGAGGCUGAGCAUAAACUGGUCAUACUGGUCAAAGACAAUGGCAACGUUUCUCUCUCAGCAACAGCUACUGUGAUUGUCAAACUUGUGGAGCCCAAAGAGGCUUUUGCAGCUUCUGAUGUUAAAAGUACAGCAAAAGAUGAUGAGGACAAUAAUGUGACUUUUUACCUUAUGAUAACUUUGGGCUCUGUUUCUGUGCUUUUACUCGUCAGUAUCGUUGUGCUGAUUGCAAUACAGUGCUCCAAAUCCACAGACUAUACUUCUAAAUAUCUGCCAGAGACAAAUUAUGAUGGGACACUGUGUCACAGUAUCCAGUACAGAUCAGGAGAGAAGCGGUACAUGCUAGUUGGACCCAGAAUGAGCACAGGAUCUACUAUAUUUCCGGGUCAUGCAAAUACGCUCGUGCUUCCUGAUCGGAGAGGGGCAUCUGAAGAGGUACAGUAA